CAUAUUUAUUAGGGUUUUGCUAUUUGACCUAGGAAGUGUUUGAUAGAGAGAGAGAGAGAAAUGGGAAGGCACAGAAGCAGGAGCCACAGCCCGAGGCGAAGCAGAAGCAGGAGCCACAGUCCGAGGCGAAGCAAGCGAUACGAUGACCCUCGUGAAUCUAGGUCGAGAAGGGACCGUCGUUCCCCUGCCCCUUCUGGCCUUCUAGUUCGGAAUAUCUCCCUCGAUGCUAGGCAAGAAGAUCUUAGGAUCCCAUUUGAACGAUUUGGUCCAAUUAAGGAUAUUUACCUACCAAAGGAUUAUUAUACCGGGGAACCACGUGGCUUUGGAUUUGUGAAGUUCAAAUAUGGUGAUGAUGCAGUUGCAGCCAAGGAACAUCUGAAUUGUACAGUCAUUGGUGGACGAGAGAUACGAAUUGUUUUUGCUGAAGAGAACCGGAAGACUCCUCAAGAAAUGCGUAGGGUCACGCGCCCAAGUGGAAGGGAAAGGGACAACCACAGGAGACGGAGUCCAGAGAGGUCCUCGAGGCGUCGUAACCGUUCCUAUUCCCGAUCGGCUUCCCCAGUGAGAAGUGAUAUAAGAUUAUAUAUGAAAAGAGAGUUAAAGAACUCAGGCAUAAUAAAGACAGAGAGAAAAAGGAUCAUAAAGCAACAACUGUUUCCUUACCUUUUCAACAACUGUUACCUUACAAAUUAUCCAAUUGAGUAUGUCAAAGAAAGAAUAUAGAGCUUAUAGUUGGCCAAACAAAGAAAGAAUGUAGAAGUUUGGAUCACCAGAAAGAUAAAGGGUGUGAAGCUAUCAGUUGCUGCCAUUUUAAAGCCUUUUAAAGUAAUUGGGUGAAAGAGUCAUUUUAAUGUGUGCUGAAACUGUGUAUAAGUUGCAGCCAGGUAAAGGGUUCUGGUGUGAUUUUUUUUGUUCUUCUAUCUGUAAGGGAUAUCAUUGAGUGGCUGAAGUACUUCAAUUUAUUCAUGUUAUGGUUUAAAUUGUUGCUUUAUCAUAUCACGUAUUAUUCUGUUAUAUAUUUGUUUGCUUGUUUUUCCUUUUUUGUGGCCUGAUCUUUUAUCCAUCUUUUCCCAGGAAUCGCAGAUCAAAUGAUGACUACUCUCCUCGUCGAUCUAGGAGCAUUUCACAAUCACGAUCACCCAUUGGUUCGCCACAGCGAUCUGGGUCCAGGCCUAGUAGGUCCAGAUCUCGGCACGAAGAAAGAAAUCACAGGUCAAC